GUGAUCCACUGCGGAAUUCCUGCUGGGUCCCGGAGUCUAGCUGCGGCAUCCCAAACGCCGGCAGCCCUUUGUCUCCCGAGAUGAGCUUCUCGUCCACCUGACGCCGUCGUAUUGCGGCGUUCUAGCGGAGGCCUCGUUGGCUGGCCGUGACAUGUGAAUAUCUCCCGUUGGAAAAUUCCAAGGAUCAGGUCGUCGGAGAUGGGAGAUGACGCCAAUCCCGACGUGGGAGAUCCCGAGAUAGACAUCCGAUUUACGGUUGGCUGAUGCAAGUGCCGCUCCAUCCACGUUUCCACCUGUAUAUAAAUCUAUGUUAAAGUUCCCCUGUACUUUCUCAAUGCACUUUGAAGCAUCUCCAUUCGUUUCUCUCUACUUCAUUCUGCUUCAAUUUCCCUUCAAGGCGCAAUUCCACUCUCUUCCCGCCAAUGGUCACCAUGGCAGAGUUAGAGAAACCCCGGGAGCGUGCCUCUUUGUCCUCCGAUGAUCAAGCCGACGGAUCUGACACCAUUUCAGAGAGCGCCGAAGAGAAUGUCGUCAGCCUAGCCAGAUCCUUCUCUGUUUCACGAACCUUCUCCGCCUUUCCACCAGAUAUCAAUCCAUUCCUCUCCACAGAUCCCAAGCUCGAUCCAAACUCUCCGGACUUUGACCCCAAGCGCUGGGCAGGUGCCCUCCUCCAUGCAUUCUCACGGGAUCCUGUCAAGUACCCUCGCCAUACUGCUGGAGUCUCCUACCGGAACCUAGGUGUUUAUGGGUUUGGCACCUCGACUGACUACCAGAAAGAUGUCCUGAAUGUUCUAUGGGAGGCACCCCUGAAGCUUGCAGACUGGGCCGUUCGACGAAAGAGCAAAAUUCAGAUCUUGAAUGGGUUUGAUGGCUUGGCUAAGAGUGGCGAGAUGGUACUCGUCUUGGGCCGACCUGGGAGUGGUGUCUCUACUUUACUCAAGUCCAUAUCUGGGCACACGCUUGGGUUGCAUCUUGAUACGUCCUCCGAGUUCAAUUAUCAAGGCAUCCCAUGGAACGUGAUGCAUGACCAUUUCCGUGGAGAAAUCAUCUACCAGGCUGAGACGGAUAUCCAUUUCCCACAGCUCACCGUCGGAGAUACUCUCCUCUUUGCAGCUCUUGCAAGAACGCCACAGAAUCGUCUUGAUGGGGUGUCUCGAAAGGCUUACGCCCAGCACCUCAGGGACGUCGUCAUGGCCAUUUUCGGAAUUUCCAAUACGAUGAACACCAAAGUCGGUGAUGAUUUUGUUCGUGGUGUUUCUGGGGGUGAGCGAAAACGUGUCAGUAUCGCCGAGGCAACUCUCAACCAGAGCACCAUCCAGUGCUGGGACAACAGCACUAGGGGCUUGGAUAGCGCAACCUCUCUUGAGUUUGUCAAGACUCUGAGGCUGAGCACACGUAUGGGAGGUACAAGUGCCAUUGUAGCCUUGUACCAAGCCAGUCAGCUUGCGUACGAUGAGUUCGACAAAGUCGCCGUCCUUUAUGAGGGUCGACAGAUGUACUUUGGGCCCAGGGAGUCAGCGAAAGAGUAUUUUACGAACAUGGGGUACCACUGUCCCGAUCGCCAGACGACGGCUGACUUCCUCACCUCGUUGACCAACCCUUCUGAGCGGAUUGUGCGACCUGGCUUCGAAGACAAAGUGCCUAGAACGCCGGACGAGUUUGCUGAUGAAUGGAGAAUGAGCCAAACGAGAGCAGAAUUGCUUCGAGAAAUCGCCGCCUUUGAAGAACAGUACCCACUACAUGGCCCUGAGCUUCAGAAGUUCCGCGAAGCAAGAAGUGCUCAACAGGCACCACUCCUGCCAACAUCAAGUCCUUACACGAUCUCCAUCCCGAUGCAGAUCCAGCUCUGCAUGACCCGCGGAAUCCAACGGCUCCUUGGCGACAAGACUUUCUUCGUCAUCACCGCUCUAGGCAACUUUUUCAUUUCCCUUGUCCUCGGAAGUGUCUUUUUCGAUCUCGCCGACACCGCAGAAACUAUGGGCAGUCGGUGCUCGAUCAUCUUCUUCGCCAUCUUGUUCAAUGGAUUGAGCAGCGCUCUUGAGAUCCUUUCUCUCUAUGCACAACGACCCAUCGUUGAGAAGCAUACUCGCUACGCACUCUACCGGCCAUUCUCUGAAGCCAUAUCAUCCACAAUUUGCGACCUGCCACUUAAAGUCAUCUCUACCCUGGCAUUCAAUGUCCCUCUCUACUUUAUGUCACACCUUCGUCGGGACGCUUCAGCUUUCUUCAUAUUCUUGCUCUUCGGGUUCAGCACCACAUUGACGAUGUCUAUGAUUCUCCGCACCAUUGGCCAAUCCACCAAGACAGUUCACCAGGCUCUAGCCCCUGCAGCAUUGCUGAUCCUUGCACUGGUCAUUUACACCGGUUACAUUCUCCCUACGCGAAAUAUGAAAGGAUGGCUCAGAUGGAUCAACUAUGUGAACCCAAUCGCAUACGGAUAUGAGGCCUUGGUCGCGAACGAAUUCAGGAACCGAAGUUUUCCGUGUUCGAUAAUGAUCCCAAUGGGUGGUCCCUAUGCAGACGUCACCCCGCUUCAACAGACUUGUGCUACUGCUGGAGCGGCUCCCGGUGACAAUUUCAUUGUCGGCGACACCUACAUUGAAGCAGCAUAUGGCUAUAAAUAUUCGCACCUGUGGAGGAACUUUGGCAUUCUUGUCGGCUUCUUUAUCUUUUUCUCACUGGCUUACAUCUUCGCUUCCGAAUACUUCUCACUCAGCCCUUCUAAGGGCGAGGUUCUCGUCUUCCGACAAGGAUAUCGACAACGCCAGUCUAAAUCUCGCGAUGAGGAGUCUGCUGACGUUGGAGUUCCCCAAACUUCUAUCCCCCCGGACACUCCUGCCACAAGCUUACCUGGCACUGAGAAAAUGAUUAAAAUCCAAAGACAAACGGCUGUUUUUCAUUGGAAAGAUCUGUGUUAUGACAUCAACAUCAAAGGAGAAAACCGACGGAUCCUUGACCGAGUAAAUGGAUGGGUAAAACCCGGUACUUUAACGGCCCUCAUGGGUGCUACCGGAGCUGGAAAAACUACCCUCCUUGAUGUUCUUGCAGACCGAGUUACAAUGGGUGUUGUGACUGGCGAUGUCCUCCUCAACGGACAUCCACGAUCAAAUUCUUUCCAAAGAAAGACCGGCUAUGUUCAACAACAGGAUAUUCAUCUGGGAACCUCGACAGUUCGAGAAGCUCUCAGGUUCAGCGCCGAGCUUAGGCAGCCUGCUUCGACAACCAGGCAGGAGAAAUAUGAGUAUGUUGAAGAAGUGAUUCGGUUGCUGGAAAUGGAAGCAUACGCAGAUGCGGUGAUAGGUGUGCCAGGUGAAGGUCUCAACGUCGAGCAGCGAAAGCGUCUUACUAUUGGUGUCGAGUUGGCCGGCAAGCCCGAUCUUCUGCUAUUCCUCGAUGAGCCGACCUCAGGCUUGGACAGUCAAACUGCUUGGUCUAUUACUGCUCUCAUCCGAAAACUUUCGGACCACGGACAAGCAAUUCUUUGCACUAUCCAUCAACCUUCUGCCAUGUUGUUCCAACAGUUUGAUCGCCUCUUACUCCUAGCUCGGGGCGGCAAGACCGUGUACUUUGGCGACAUUGGCGAGAAUUCCAAGGUUAUGACCAACUACUUUGAAAAGUUUGGGGCAGUCCCUUGCUCUGCAAAGGAGAACCCUGCGGAGUGGAUGCUUCGCGUCAUCGGUGCCGCCCCAGGUGCCCAUACGGAUCGAGAUUGGACAGCUACUUGGAGAGAAAGCCCCGAAUAUACCGCUGCUCAAGCUGAGCUGGAAAAGCUCGCAGGUCUUAGAGCCACGGCUCCGAGCCCAGAGAGUGCUUCCGAUUCAAGCACCACCUAUGCAGCCCCAGUUCAACUCCAAUUUUGGGUUUGCAUGAAGCGUGUUUUUGAACAAUACUGGCGAACACCGACUUACAUCUACGCCAAGUUGCUUCUUUGCUUGGGCAACAGUUUAUUCAUCGGCCUCUCCUUCCAAGACUCACCUCUUUCGAUUCAAGGUCUCCAAAACCAACUAUACUCGAUCUUCAUGCUUGUUGUCAUUUUCGCGUUCUUGAUGUACCAGACGAUGCCGAAUUUCAUUGCCCAGAGGACUCUCUAUGAAGGGCGUGAAAGGUCCUCGAAGACGUAUUCCUGGUAUGUUUUCGUGGUGUCGAACCUGGUGGUUGAGAUGCCGUGGAACUCCUUGGCUGCACUUGUCAUCUACCUGCCGUUCUAUUUCCUGGUCGGUAUGUAUCAGAACGGUGAGGUCACCGGUACGGAGCACGAAAGAGGUGGCUUAAUGUUCUUACUGUUGUGGGCUUUCAUGAUCUACGAGGGAACUUUCGCAGACAUGGCCGUGGCGGGUGUGCCCACGGCAGAGAUUGGUGCUACCCUCUCGCUGUUGCUGUUCAUGAUGACUCUGAUCUUUUCUGGCGUUAUCGUUGCAUACUCCAGCCUUCCAGGAUUCUGGAAGUUUAUGUAUCGGGUCUCGCCAAUGACAUACAUCAUCAGCGCAAUGCUCUCCGACGGCGUAGCAAAACAAGAAGUUCAAUGUUCUGCUAUUGAGUUCCUGACAUUGCAGCCCGCCAACAAUCUCACCUGCGGUGAAUAUCUCGAGCCAUUCAUGCAAGCAGCUGGCGGUUCGCUCCAAGACCCGUCGAGCACCGAUCAGUGCAUGUUCUGUUCUGUUGCUCAGACUGAUGUAUAUCUGCAGGCGGUGGGAAUAGAAUAUGAUGACCGAUGGAGAAACUUUGGACUAAUUUGGGUAUACAUCAUCUUCAAUUGCUUUCUUGCGGUAGGCGUUUACUGGCUGGCAAGGGUUCCCAAGAAGAAUACAUGGGCUAAGGUGAAGGCAUUAUUCGCUCGAGAAUGAACAGGGUUCGACUUCGAGAGGGGGAAGGGAAGGUAGACAAUACACACACAUAGACUGGACAAAGUUAGACACUAUUUUCAUAAUUUGUAGACAUUUUUAGAGUAUUGUUAUUCGUAAGUAGAUAGAAAUUGCAGACAUUUAUUAGGGC